UUGCUCCUGCGGCUGCCUGGGGUGAAGGAAAACUGGGCACCCUCCCGCACUGGGACUCUGCUGCACGCAUCCCGACUCCUCCAGGCUGGGCCUGUGCCUGCAGAGCUUUGUGAUCAUCCCCCAGCACAAAAAAGUCGUGGCUGGGCCCCAAAGAGAACAAGUCAGCUGGGAAGAUGUGGAAGGUUACAGUCCUGCUCUUCGUUUUGGGAAGUGCAUCGCUCUGGGUCCUGGCAGAAGGAGCCAGCACAGCCCGUCCAGAAGAUGACAUUGUGACCACAGGAGCAGAAGACCACGUGGCAACCCCACGAGUAGAAGAUGUCAUGGUGACCCCAGGGCCUAAUGAAAAUCCCCAUGAGUCUGCUGGCCUGACAGCUGUGGUGCCAACAAGUGCAAAGAGGUUCAAGGAUCUGCUAACCCCAGAAAGCACAGUCUAUGCCCAAGAAGAAAGCCAGAGCACCACCACCCCAAAUGUGGCAACUAGUCGUUCCAUGGAGAAAGUGGGUGGAGAGACACAGACAACAAUUGAGAAAGAUGGUUUGGCAACAGUGACCCUAGUUGGAAUCAUAGUUGGGGUCUUACUAGCCAUCGGCUUCAUUGGUGGGAUCAUCUUUGUGGUUGCUCGAAAAAUGUCGGGAAGGUACUCGUAAGUAAAUAACUUACACCCACAUGACAGGUAAACGAAGACAGUCAUGUCUAGAGCUCAAACCUCUGAUAAAUAGAAACCUCUAUAUAAAUGUCAUGUAAAGCCCCUUACCUCCACAAGUACUACAUCUGAAGUUUCCCCGGAAGACGCCUACUUAGGCCUUGUA